CUCCCCACCACUUGCCAAAUCCGCGCUCAAUUCCAAAUCUCCCUCCCACUUCUCCCCCCGCUCCACAUCCCGAUCCACUCUUCACUCUCCUCCGCCCAUGGACCGCCGCCUCCGCUCCCCGGCGCGCCGCCCGCCAGCCCCGCGCGCGGACGAGCGCCAGCGCGGCGGCGGCGGCGCCAGCCCGCACCGGUUCCUCCGCCCGGGCGCCCUCGCGCGGCUCCGCGACUCCAAGGUCCUGGCCCGCUCCCUCCGCUGCGCCGCGCGGGCGCCGCUCCCGCCGCCGUCCUCCUCGCCUCCCCGCUCGCCCGCGCCGGCGGGGGCUGCCGCGGGGGACGGCGUCCCGUGCUUCCUGGGCCCCGCCGCGCGCGGGAUGCGGUACCCGCUGCGGAAGAAGCUCGCCGCGGCGCGGGGCGUGGUGUUCCUGCCCCCGCCGGACGCCGCCGAGGCCUUCUUCACGGACGCCUUCGCGCCGCCGCCGCAGUCGGACCUCGUCGCCGCGCGCUGACGGGUGCUCGGCGCUCGGUGCGCUCUCGUAGCUUGUGUAGGCGUUCAUUAGACGGUGUGCAGACGGAUCGGGUCGUGUUUCUAGCUUCUUGUAGGAAUCUGGACAAGUAAUACCUAAAGAUCUGAUGCUCUGGUGUGUACAAUACAACUUUGCAACUCCCCGUGCGUUGAUUUCGUUCUUGGCAGCAAUUCACAGGAAUCACGUCA